GCCCUCGGAGCCAGCGGGCGGGGGUCCCUGACCCCCACCAAGCCCCGCAGCCCCCACCCAUGGCGGCCCCUCUGAAGAAGGGGCCCGGCGGGCUGAUCGGGCUGAUGAAGGACGCGUUCCAGCCGCAUCACCACCUGGGCCCGCACCAGCCCGGCGCCGUGGACAAGAAGAUGGUGGAGAAGUGCUGGAAACUCAUGGACAAGGUGGUGCGUUUAUGUCAGAACCCAAAACUGGCACUGAAGAACAGCCCACCCUAUAUUCUAGAUCUACUACCUGAUACGUAUCAGCAUCUACGAACCAUCUUGUCACGCUAUGAGGGGAAGAUGGAGACCCUAGGAGAAAAUGAGUACUUCAGGGUCUUCAUGGAGAACCUGAUGAAGAAGACCAAACAGACCAUCAGCCUCUUUAAGGAAGGGAAGGAGAGGAUGUAUGAGGAGAACUCUCAGCCUCGGCGUAACCUGACAAAAUUGUCCCUGAUAUUCAGCCAUAUGCUGGCGGAACUGAAAGGCAUUUUCCCAAGUGGCCUCUUCCAAGGAGAUACGUUCCGGAUCACCAAGGCAGAUGCUGCAGAGUUCUGGAGAAAAGCUUUUGGGGAAAAGACUAUUGUUCCAUGGAAGACCUUCCGCCAGGCCUUGCAUGAGGUGCAUCCAAUCAGUUCAGGACUAGAGGCCAUGGCCCUGAAGUCGACUAUUGACUUGACAUGCAAUGACUACAUUUCAGUGUUUGAAUUUGAUAUCUUUACCCGACUCUUUCAGCCAUGGUCCUCCUUGCUCAGGAACUGGAAUAGCCUAGCAGUGACUCAUCCUGGUUACAUGGCAUUCCUAACUUACGAUGAGGUGAAAGCACGGCUUCAGAAAUUCAUCCACAAACCUGGCAGUUAUAUAUUCCGAUUGAGCUGUACGCGACUUGGUCAGUGGGCCAUCGGUUACGUCACUGCAGAUGGAAACAUCCUCCAGACUAUCCCCCACAACAAACCUCUUUUUCAAGCGCUGAUAGAUGGCUUCAGGGAAGGCUUUUAUUUAUUUCCUGAUGGUCGAAAUCAGAAUCCUGACCUGACUGGUUUAUGUGAGCCUACACCUCAGGACCACAUUAAAGUUACGCAGGAACAAUAUGAAUUGUACUGCGAGAUGGGCUCCACAUUCCAGCUGUGUAAAAUUUGUGCUGAAAAUGACAAGGACGUGAAAAUUGAGCCAUGUGGACACCUGAUGUGCACUUCCUGUCUCACUGCAUGGCAGGAAUCGGAAGGUCAGGGCUGUCCUUUCUGCCGUUGUGAAAUCAAAGGCACAGAGCCCAUUGUAGUCGACCCAUUUGAUCCCAGAGGAGGAGGAGGAUUGUUGCGGCAAUGUGCAGAGGGAGCUCCCUCCCCAAACUAUGAUGAUGAUGAAGAUGACAGAGCAGAUGAUUCCCUCUUCAUGAUGAAAGAAUUGGCUGGUGCUAAGGUUGAGCGCCCUCCUUCUCCAUUCUCUGUGGCUCCACAAGCCUCACUUCCCCCAGUACCCCCGCGACUAGAUCUUCUGCAGCAACGUGUAUCCAUCCCUUCUGGAGCUUCCAGCCCUGGGACCACUUCCAAGGCUGCUCCUGGUCCUCUCCAUAAAGAUAAACCUUUGCCGGUACCUCCAACACUCAGAGAUCUCCCCCCACCCCCCCCACCAGACAGACCAUAUUCCAUUGGGGCAGAGAGUCGACCUCAGAGACGUCCUUUACCCUGUACACCAGGAGACUGUCCUUCCAGAGACAAAUUACCCCCCGUAUCCUCCAGCCGUCAGGGGGAGCCCUGGCCAUUGCGGCCAGUUCCAAAAGCGCCGUCUGUAGCUCUCAGUCCUAGUGACCCUUGGGCAGGAAGAGAGUUGACGAACCGGCACUCACUCCCAUUCUCACUCCCAUCUCAGAUGGAUUCCAGACCUGAUGCUCCUAGGCAUGGGAGUACGCUCAGCUUAGACGCCACAGCGAACUUGAACAGUGGUCCCCCAACAGGCUCAGACUAUGAGCACCCCAAAAUAAAACCCUCUUCAUCUGCCAAUGCUAUCUACUCUCUAGCGAUCAGACCACUGCCUGUGCCAAAACUGCAACCCGGGGAACAGUCUGAAAGUGAUGAGGAUACUGAAUACAUGUCACCAUCCUCUCUGCCUCUGGUGCCACCUGGUCCUGCCCUACAAAAAACAGAGAUCAAACUGCCUUUGGAAAUGACUCAUGGUUUACGAGAGUUGGAGUGUGACCAGCCAAAUAAUGUCUGUAUGUAUGAAGCUAUGUACAACAUUCAGUCCCAGGCAACAUCCUCUGACUUGGAGACGACCAACACUUCUGAUGAGGGGGAUAUGGCUGCAGCCAAUGCCAGCAAUGGCCCAGAAGAGUCUGAGAAUGAAGAAGAUGGAUACGAUAUCCCCAAACCACCUUUACCAGUAGCCACAGCUCGUCGCACACUGUCUGAUAUCUCCAAUGCCACGUCUGCCUUCAGCCGAAUGUCUUUGGAUUAUGAUCCCAUCACAGGUUCUUCUGAUGGCUCUCAAGUUCCAGAACGGCCGCCGAAGCCCUUACCGCGGAGGAUAAACUCUGAACGGAAAGCCGGGAGUUGUCAGCAGGGUGGCGGUGGCACCAGCACAUCGCCCCAGCUUUCCAGUGAGAUUGAGAACCUUAUGAGCCAGGGAUACUCAUAUCAGGACAUUCAGAAAGCACUGGUCAUUGCACAUAACAAUAUUGAAAUGGCCAAGAAUAUUCUCCGGGAAUUUGUCUCCAUUUCCUCCCCUGCACACGUGGCCACAUAGCACAUCACCUCCCUGCCUACAAUUUCAGUGGACCAACUGCCUGGGCAGCCCACAGCCCAGCUGCAACCGCAAGGAGGAAGGGGUUCCUUGAGAGACUUUGUGCUGAAUCAGCCCUGCCUCUUAAGAGAAUCAGUUAUCAGGUUUCUGUGGUUCCAGAUUUCAAAGCAAUGGAAUGAAACCGAGCGGAUAGAUGUGUAUAUGGCGUGUGUCUUGGCAUCGUUUUGGAGUCCUUCACCCCCACCUCUUGUUUGGGAGUACAGGUUUGUUUCAAAGGGCAUUGGUAGAAAUAGGAAUCAUGACAAGUGAUUCCAGAGCUGAUGCUCUGGGGGUGGGGGAGUGUUUUGUGCUGUGAAUUCUAACUGAAUGCUCUGAAAAUGUCGCCAGGUUGAUGUGGUGUGUCCUGUGGCUCAUGGUACUAGACUGGGACCUGUUCACUGCUGUGUGUUUGGCUCAGGCGUUUUAGACCAGUCUGCAGGUGACCCUUCGCUGGGAAUACAUAGGAGAUCUAGGAAGAAAUGAUUAGAUAGCUUCCGUCACUGUGGCAUUGCUCCUGUCCCUAUAAUUAUUACUCACAAUUGAAGUCCUCCCCUUUAGCCAGGAUGCAAGUGUGACUGGCAGCAGUCAGGUAUUUUUAACUCCUUAGUGCUGGGAGAUGGAUUUCUCUCCCCAUGUAUCGCAUUGCCGGCACUGGAUUCCAGGGAGUUGGAUAGGUUGAACUUUGGAGCGGGGGCCUUUUGGGGGAGAGUAGGCAUGGAGAACUGGCUGCGGCUUAUCCUUUUAACCCAGAGCAUUCUGUGCUUCAGUGCUUCAACUUGCUUACAGCUGUGCUGGAUUUGAGCAGCUACCACUGGAUACUGCCAUGCACUCUUUCUAUAGGAAUGUUGCAUCUGGUAAAUAUGAUGAUUUAUUUGUCUAAAUUGCAUGGCGGCUAUAGCACACUAAUGGCCUUCACACACAUUCCAUCCUCUCCUUUAGAGAGCACUUGUGGGAGCCACUCACCUGUGUGCCAGGUUUUGUGGAGUAGGUAGGUGCAACCAAUGUGUAUCAUCAGUAUCGUGUCAAAUUUGUAGCAAAAAAUGCAACAAAAUUCUUUGAGGUUCUCUGCCACAAUAAUAGGGGGCUUGCUUUCCCUUUCUUACACCAGGGAAUUGUCAGAGCUUGUGUCAGAAAGGAGAUCAGAGGAAAUUGUGUAGUUAUGAAGCAGUCAAACUGGACUUUAAAAGUUGGUGUUCAACUAGUAUUUUGGAAAAACCUGACUUGCUAGUAACCCGCUUAGUCAAUCCCUUUCAGUUUGUGUGUCGUUGGUGUUCACGGAGUGACUGAUUCUGUCAGAGAGGAAUUAAAUCGAAUAGAGAUACAGUGACCAUAGUUUGACAAAUGGACAAAAUGUGCAUGUAUUCAGUGCACAUUAACUUUUCAGAUUGUGCCCGCAAUUAUUUGGCUCACUGUUGAAUGUCAGUAGUAUGAAUGAGCAGCAGUCGUGACUAAACGAAUAUUUAUGGCUUGAAAUAUCUUUAGGGGAUGCAAGACUGUUUGAUGUAGUUCAUUCCUUUUACAGAAUCUGGUAAUCAGAUCAGCACCUUGAAAUUGACAGAGGGAAUUUAACAAGUGUAAUAGCAAAUGUUACAGAAGGGAACAAAGUACUAGAUGCUCAUUUUAUGUGGAACAUAAUGCUUCUUUCUGAAUCUACAGCCUUAUCGUUGUAAGUGCAGUGGGAUCUAGGUGACAUAAACGCAUGGACUGUCCUCUUUCCUCCCUUCUUGGUGAAGAAAAUAUUGUCUGGAAUGCUAGGGAGAGCCACUCUCUGGGCGGGGUACAGUCACUGCCCAUCAGCAUUGCUUCUGUUUCAGCGCCAGAGGGUAUAAUUUGCAAACACAGCCUCAUGCUGUGGUUUGUGUUGGUGCAAGCUGUGGGAGAUGCUGACUGUUCACUGUAAUAGUGCAAAGUCAAGUCUUGUGACUUCAGCGUGAGUUGCAUGUGCAUUGCUGAGGGCAGAGUCCAGCCCUAGUGAAGUUUUGAGCUGUGAAGAGAAGGGUGAUGGUCUCCCCUCCAUGGAAUAUACCUUUUCUCCUCUUCCUCUGCCCAUGCACGUGACAGACAUGUCUUGUGUUUGUGUGAAAUGCUGUGACGAUACAUAGCAGGCCAUGGUCAGCCUGUCUUUCUGCCCUUGUUGAAAAGCAGGUCUCGUGCAGGAACAGCUGAGGUUGGUACAAGGGCAGCUUUGUUCUCUUAUUACAUCUGCAUGACACAGUGGUAGUUUUGAUCCUGACUAAGCAAUUUCUGGAGUAUCCAAAUCAUUUCCUGGUCUUUGCUUGUCCAAAACGUGCUUCAGAAGCAAAUAGCGACCCUUCUGACAUAAAGGCUACUCUUUUCUACCCCUUCUUGGUAUCUGUCUCCAAAGCUGCCACUAACGCUACAUUGGUUUUGCAGCCACUUCGCUUAUAACUUUCUCUGCCAGGUCAGCCUGGGUGUUUCAGUGUGCAUGGUGCUUGUAUUUUCAACAGGGUGUUGGUGCUCCUGCCAUUGCUGGAGAGCAGUUAAAUUUAACCAACUAAAAAGCCUUAACCUCUUGUCCUGCCAUGCAGAGCACAUGUUGUUGAAAGCAGCCAUGUCCUAUUCCUUGUGGACAGUCCAUUUUCACAGGCUCGUCCUGUUACUAAUUAGAUCAUGCCUAGCAAAGCUUUGACAGACCUCUUUUCAGGGGAGGUUCAUUGCCUGUGGACGUCAUUCCAGGAUUAGAGAUUUGAAGGCAAUCCUUGUGGUGUGGAUCUCUGACAUUAUUUUUAUGCAUGUGUCUUUUCUGCCCACUGUUUGUGUCUUAAACUUAUUUGAGGAACUUAAGUGGCUUUUUCUCCUUGAACACAUGAAUGUUAGUUACGGUCUGCGAGUGUUGCCGAAGCAUAGCCACGCCAAUGGCGCUUCCUGAGGUUGUUCUCUGUGGAGUAAAGUCAAGCACUUUGUGGUGUGUUUUCCUUGCUGCUUUUCUUCUGCAAAGGUUACCUUAUGAUGGCCCCAUCCCACCCCUGUGUCUUUAUUCCAAAAGCUCAACUUCUGAUUUUACUUUAAAAGAAAGAAAUGGAAGGGGAAAAAAAGCCAAAUGUCUAGUGCCUUUCUUAAGGGAAUGCUGCAUCUUGAGGCUGAAUCUGAGUCCCCUCUUGUGAAAAUGUAGAGCCUCAACUAGACCAGCUUUACAGAUGCCUGUGAGUGCAACUGCUUUGAAGGGGACAGAAGCAGGGGUGGGUGGGAGAAGAGAGAGAGAGAUGGGCAGGAGUUGCUUCAAAGAUGACCCUGUGUUUUGUAGCGUUUCAACUGUGGAAGUUUGUUACCUUAUCCCUGUUACUAACGGUGACUUGUCUGGAUUGGUGCUGUAAUAAGCUUAGUGUGAAGACAGUAGAAUUGUAAUACAGGAUUCUUUUUGCUUUUAACAAAACCAGUCAGAGUUCUGGUCAUAAAAAUGCUGUUUGUCCCCCACCUCUCACCCCAGGAAACAAAGCAAGCAAAAUACAGUGCAGUGAGAAAGGAGCUUCACCAAGUGACAGUCGGCAGGUAGCUGUGGCUGCAGACAUGUGUCUCCCCAUUCCAAGUUUGCAGCCAAUCCUUCAGUUGUAUGGGAAUCUACAGGACAGCCAAUUCCCACAGGAGGGUGGUAACAGACAUGCUGUUGCUUCUCUAGGUGAAGAAAUCUGCCUGCUGACCUGCACUUGCCUUGUUCCUCUCGGCAGGUGCUGCAGAUUCAAGCAUUAAGCAGUUAGUGCCUCUCUGCUGGUUUGCAGUGGCUUUUGCUUUCUUUGUAAACACAGCUUUCCCCAUGUGUCCCUAACUGCUACCCAAAUCCCAGGGCAGCUGGAUAGGUUCGGGGAACAGCACAUUGCUUUAUGCACUAAGACCC